AUGAGCAACCUGGCUGGAACGGGGGAGGACGGCGUGGGAGGGGCCUUGCCGGCCAGCUUUGCCAAUCUGAAGAAACUCAAAGAGCUCUAUCUGCGCAACAACCGCUUCAGCGGGCCGUUACCGAAUUUCAUUGGCUCUUUCACCAACCUGGAGCGCCUCACCGUGAGCAAGAACUACUGGGAGGGCGCCAUUCCCAAGGCCCUGUCGCAACUCAAGAAGCUCAAUUACCUCGGUCUGAUGGAGACUGCAUUUGAGGGCGAGAUUCCAACGUUCCUGGGCACACUUGACCAACUCACAUACCUCUCCCUGUCCGACACGCGGCUGCAUGGGGAGGUGCCCAAGGCGCUUGGAGGGCUAGUGAAGCUCAGAGAGCUGUACCUCAACAACGGAUGGUACUAUGGCCCCCUGCCUGAUCUGAGCGCCCUCAAGCAGCUUACCCUCAU